AACAACUUAACAAGAAGAAAAGAUGGCGACUAAACUGUUCUUCGUUCUCAUAUCUUACGUCGUGACGAUUUGUAGUGGAGCCGCCCCGCCACCUCCUUUCACUGACGCGAUUCUAACUCAGGUGGCUGGUUCUCUGCGAAUGUUCGUCGAUGAACUCCCUCAGAUACCGACACUCUUGGGGCAUUCAAAUGGAGCCGUCUCUCCUAAACCCGGGAGUCUCACCAUUGGCAUGUAUCAGAAGAAAUGGAAAUUUCAUCGUAGUUUACCUCCAACGACAGUCUUCGCAUUUGGGACGUCGCAACUCACGGCAACUGUACCCGGUCCCACAAUUGAGGCUAUCAAAGGAGUCCCAACGUCAGUGACGUGGCAAAAUUAUCUUCCCCAAACCCACAUACUUCCCUGGGAUGCUUCCAUCCCCACCGCCAUUGCUACGAGAGGUGGGGUCCCAACAGUUGUGCAUCUGCACGGUGGGGUCCAUGAAUCACAAUAUGAUGGACACGCUCUUGCCUGGUUCACCUCCGGUUUUAGAGAGACCGGGUCCUCGUGGUCCACAUCUACAUACACCUACCCUAAUGUCCAACACUCAGGGAACCUCUGGUACCAUGACCAUGCUAUUGGAUUGACACGUGUUAAUUUGCUGGCCGGUUUGGUUGGCGCUUAUGUCAUUCGUGACCCAACCCUGGAUGCCUCCCUAAACCUUCCAUCCGGUCCAGAGUUCGACCGGACCCUCAUGAUCUUUGACCGGAGCUUCAGCCGGGACGGUUCCCUCUACAUGAACUUCACCGGCAUUGCCCCGUCCAUUCACCCUCAGUGGCAACCAGAAUACUUCGGCCAUGCCAUCGUCGUCAACGGGAAGGCCUGGCCCUUCAUGAGGGUCCAGAGACGCAAGUACCGGUUCAGAAUCAUCAACGCUGCAAACGCCCGUUACUUCCAGCUCUCUCUAAGUAACGGCCUCUCCUUUACCCAAGUUGGAUCCGAUUCCUCGUAUCUACCUGCACCCGUACAGAUGUCAAAGAUCCUUAUGGCCCCUUCCGAGAUCGCUGACGUCGUCAUUGACUUCUCCACUUCUACCACCCCCGAGAUUGUUAUGGGUAAUGAUGCAGCCUACCCAUUCCCGACGGGCAACCCGGUGGAUAACCUGAACUCGAAGGUCAUGAAGUUCAUAAUCACACCCGGAAGCCCGGCCAUACCCGACACCUCUACGAUCCCGGCGAGUCUAGUGAGCUACAAGGCAUCAACGACGGAUCCCGCAACCACAACGAGGUACAUUGUGUUGUAUGAAUAUACGACACCAUCCGGGUCGUCCACACACCUGUACAUAAACGGUAAAAGAUUUGAGGACCCGGUUACAGAGACACCCAAGUCGGGUAGUACUGAGAUAUGGGAGGUGAUCAACUUAACCAACGAUAAUCACCCGUUGCACAUACAUUUGGCAACGUUUACAGCGAUUCAGGUUCGAACACUUACAAACCAGGCUCAAUUCACCAACUGCAUGACGCAAAACAACGAUGCAAUUGCCUGCAACGUGGCCUCAUACCUAUCGCCACCGCAAGCGGGCGCCGUACCGGCGAAUGAGAUGACAUGGAAGAACGUGGUGAAGAUGACUCCGGGAACCCAAACGACGGUGGUCGUCAAGUUUAAUCUGGUGGACACCAAUUCACCUUACCCAUUCGUCGCUACUACGGGUCCAGGAUAUGUCUACCAUUGUCAUAUUCUGGAUCAUGAAGAUAACGCAAUGAUACGACCAUUGCAGCUGGUUUGAUUUGAGGAGAAGAAAGCUAGAGGCUUCGGAGAUCGAUAGAGAUUGGUUUUUUUCAUUGUAAUAAAUUUUAAUUGUACUACGUAUUUGCUUGAUGAUGGCACCAAUUGUAUCUUAAUCCUGCAUUGCGAAUUUGCGAUUAGCAAUUGUAACCAAGUGUGAAAAUAAUAAUGUUAUUGGGAUUUUGGAAUUGGUU